CGUGCCUGCACGUCUCCCCGGUAGUUGGAGUUGUACUACUCGCGCUCGCGUCCAUUAUAGACCCGAGAAGCGUCCAUCGAUCUCCCAAGUUAUACAGUCCCGAGAUACAGUCCCGAGAUCUCCCAAGUCUCACGAAUCCGAAGCUCCCGUGCCGCCGCGAUGGAGGAGAGCAAGCUCAAGGCGGCCAGGCUCCUCUUGCAGAUGCGCGACCACCUCGCCACCGACGCCGGCAAGGAGCUCGCCGAGAAGGUCGGCUUCGUCUACCAGCUCAACAUCUCCCCCAAGAAGCUUGGCGUCGACGAGGAGAUCUUCGUCGUGGACCUCAAGAAGGGCGCCGUCUCCAAAGGGCCGUACGAGGGGAAGCCCGACGCGACCUUCACCUUCACGGACGAUGACUUCCUCGCCAUCUCCAGCGGCAAGCUGAACCCUCAGAUGGCGUUCAUUAGGGGUAAACUGAAGAUAAAGGGGAGCAUAAGCGCGGCGCAGAAGUUCACGCCGGACAUCUUCCCCAAGCCCUCCAAGCUGUAGAAAAGCUGGAUGGAUCACCUUGUCGUGCUCGUGGUCGUCGGUUAAUAAGAGUUUAGUUUUAUGCACGCGAUGGCAACUGUGGUGUGAUCUAUAGGAGGGUUGGAGGGAUUUGUUACUGGUGAGAGUUUGUUCAGAGCUGCUCUAAAAAAAAGAAUUUGUUCAGAGUUUGUGUGCAAUCACCACGCGAACAGCCACAUGUUUCAGUGUUUCCUGGUCGGAUGAUGAAUGGCUUGUGAAGCACUUCUUUACUCGGGUUUUCUUCGAUAGAAGAUUACGAGUUACUAGUAUUGCGAUAUGUGUUCUCAUGCUAA